CAGAAGGUAGGUACGUCUCUGCUGACUUGACUUGGCCUGACGUUCCUCGCUUUUUACGCCUGGCUCCGCUAUACCUCAGUUAUCCUCUCCCCUUCCACUUCCCUCACCUCACUUCACCUCAGUCAACCUCCACUCAACCUACCUAACCUAACCUCUCUCUCCCUCCCUCGUCAGACGUGGAAAGAGCUCACAAAUACCACCAUCUCUCUUUCUUUCCCCUUCCCCUACCCUUACCCCCUUCCCCCAUCCUCACGGCCCUUUCUUGACCUCAGCUUCUUCGAUACCCAUACAGUUUUCGCUUUCUCUUGAUCAAUCUCGCAUCAUCUUUGUAUUCUCUUCUCUUUGGCUCUUCUCCACCCCCGGCGUCCUCUUCCGUUCAGCCUCCUCCACCUUGGCCGACCGUCGCCGCCCGCCCACGAUUCGGACGACGACGACGAUACCAACGACGCAACUUUCUCGAUCCUCAUCAUGAAUAAGUUGGCAAAUAUGCGUCACUGGUCGGAAAGAAUGGCUCCCAAUUUCGUAAUGGGCCGUCCUAAUAUGCCCAUGAAUGCCCUCAACCAUCCCAAGAACGCCGCUCAACCCGGUCAGCCCAUGGCUUCCCCUCAAGCCGCCGAUGCCACCAUUCUCUACUCGUUCAACAUCCCAUUCGCUUCCGAUCUUGCGGGCCCUGAUACUGAGGACAUUCUUCACGCGACCACUGACGCUGUCCUACGAUGGACACACCCCGAGGACGCGCCGGACGACGUCCAGAUUCACGAGCUGCCUGUCCAUGUUCAGAACCUGAACAACCUCCACAGGAUGUGCCAGGAAAUUACCAACGGGCCGCUUCCUGUUGAGGCGUAUGUCCUGUCGACAAUGCUCAAGGGCGGAAAAGGCCAACAGGUUGCUACUGUUUGUCUCUCGGGCUCUCCAGAGCUGGUCCACAAGAGCCGAGAGACUAUUUUGAAUGAUACCCCAAUUUCUCUUCGCUGCACCACCAUUGAUAUUGAUGGUCAACUCGUCUGCGAUCUCAAUGCCGGAGUGCUCAAGAAGCCUGUUACUGAUACCCUCGAUUACAUCUCCACCUUCUGUGGCGUAGAUAUCUUUCUUCUUGGCCCUAAAUUGACCCCUGUUGUCGACGGUAUGACUGGUGAUGCUGAAUUACGCAUGGAUCAGCGCUGGAGAGUUGCUAUAUACGGUGAUAUACUAUCAUCCGAGCACGCAAAGGCUCGUGUUCUGAUCCACAUUGAUACUCUGGUACUGUUUCCUGCUUAGUUAUAUUUAUCUGCUGUUCUAACACUUACGCAGCUUGGCCGAAUUGUCGAUGGUACCAAACUCGAGGCUUCCCUCCACCAGCUUGUCUGUGGCCGACAUCGCAAAAACAUCAAGCUCAUUGAGUCUUCCACUGGAACUGCCAUCUACUUCCCACCUCCGUUCUCGGCAAUGUACCGCUACUGUCCUCCUAAAGCGACUCGCCGUGACCCCAACGAUAUUUUUAUCACUGGUGAAACACCCCAAGCUAUUGAAUUAGCAAAGCAGAAACUUCACGAAACUGUCCAGCGCAUCAGAUUGUACGUUAAAGACGUAACAAUUCCUGCUGCCAAGAUCGACAGUAUUCUGCUGGGUCGUCUAGAUAAGGUCCGGAAGAUUCUCGAGGCCAAUGGCACCUUCAUCAUGUUCCCUCCCCUGGCUACUCAGCGUAACAUGGUCCGAGUUCAAGGAAGCGAAGGUCUUCACGUUGAGCGAACUGUGCGAGAGAUCAUGUCCUUGGCUGGUCAAUUCUACAGUGCGGGAUGGUUCAUUCAGCCCGCUGAUGCCAGGCAUUUCCCUCACCCCAACGACAUCAAGAGUUUGCUCGUUGAUAUCUGCGCCAACUCCGAUGCCGAUCUUUCCUUCGAUAAACUGAGUUUCACCAUCACUGGCUCUGAUGACGCUGUCAAGACAGCUCUUCAAGUCAUAUCAGAGAUGAAGUUCAUUUCUCAAUCUCAGUACCAGAUCCGGGUCAAGAUUGAGCUUGCCAAUGAGCACAAGGAAUUCGUCAGUGGCAAAAAGAACGGCAAAAUCAACAAGAUAAUGGGACAGAGCAAUGUGCAGAUCAUUUUCGAUGGUUUCAACGAGUACAACUUCAACAUCGAUGUCAUGGCAGCAACUUAUGAGUCCAUGAAGCAGGGCCUCACUCUUGUGGAGCAAGAAAUGCCUGCAUCGAUUUCGUUCCAUGUGCCGGAUCAGUACCACAAACGCAUCAUCGGUAUUGGUGGUCAGCACAUCCAGCGCAUCAUGAAGAAGCACUCGGUCUUCGUCAAGUUCUCCAAUGCUAUGGAUAGAGGUCGGAGUCACCGUUGCUACACUAUCAGGUAUAAGCUUACUAACCUUGAUACAGGCGGAAUGGGUCGAGAAGACGACGAUAUCAAAGUUGACAAUGUCAUCUGCCGCACGCCAGCUCGAAACGCCCAGAAUUUGGACGCUGUCAAGAACGAGAUCUUGGAGAUGGUCGAUCGUGCCGAUUCUGAGUACACAUCUCAGAUUGUCAGCGUUGACCGCCUCUAUCAUCGUCAGCUUAUUGCUAGACUUCCUGAGAUCGAUGACCUGGAGCAGAAGUACAACUGCAAGAUCAACUUCCCCAGCACUGAGCAAGCCAGUGAUGAGGUUACGGUUAACGGUCCACAGUGGCAGGUUCCUCACUGUGUCGAUGAGUUUCUCGGCAUGGUCCCAGAUAAGCAUGAGCUUGUCCUCGCCAGAACUCCUGAGCUGGUCAAGUUCCUCGAGUCGCCUGAAUUUGCUCAUGACCUCGUGCCCAAGCUGAAGAGCCAGCAUGAGGUUGAACUCAGCGUCAGGCAGAACCCCGACGAGCUCACUGAGAACGGCGAGCCUACGGUCACUCUUCUUUGGGGGUUCACCCGCAACAACGCCGGUGGUCUCCGUGAUGCUAUGGACUUCAUUCAGUCUCAAUUCGCAACUUCCGGAGCUGAGAUCAAUGUUGUUAAGGGCGCUCUCCCUCGCCCUAAAUCCGACUCGUUUGAAGAUUCCCUGCAGUAUUUCGACUCUAAGCUUCUACAGCACGCUCCUGCACCUGUCGCCACUGAUUCUCCUAUCAAGACUGGCUUUGGCGAUGAAGUCGCUCGCGAGCGAAGCAGUAUUCUCGACCGUCUCCGAAAGCCUGGCAGUAUGACGUCAAUUUCAUCUUUCUUGGACCGCAGAAAGAACAGCUCUCAUUCUGGCAACGGUAACUUUUUCAAGGGUUCAAGCAACGUCUCUAAGUCUUCGCUCAUUUCGAUCGAAUCGACCCGCAGCUUCAACGCCGACCGAAACCCCUGGAACGAUAGCGGCGUCAACCUCCCUGACGACGACAAUCCUUGGGCUCCUCGAACCUUCGGCACUCACACGGACAACAAAUUGUCCAUUCCUCAACCUGGCGAUGUCACACCUCGCCACAGCACCCGCGCGUCCGGCGACAGCGGGCGCCCUUCCACUUCUCAUUCUAUGAAUUCAGGAUACCCCGCCCCUAUUGGGCCUUUCCGUUAGAUUCCCCCGUGUUAGAACCUCUACAUGCAAAUACCCCGGCUGGAUAUACCCUGGCGUAAAAAUACCCUGGAACGUCGACUUGUGCAUCGGUCGGUUUACGUCUUGCCAUGUUUGUUUUACCUGAUUUGCGUUUGAGUGCUUUCCUGUUUUUUACUUGCUGUUACUUUUUGCUUUUUCCUGGUCUAUAUGGAAUCGGGGGUUCUCUUUUGAUGACUUGACGUCCACUCCUUAUACCCAGUCAUGUAACGAAAAGCUGAGACCAAAAAAACGAAGAAUACCCCUGGUUGCCGGUUGAGAUGAAAUUUUGGGACAUGAUGGAUGUUUGGCGAGAAAGAUACCACUGUCAACGAAAACAAUAUCAAAAGUCUGUCUUCAGACUUAUACACGGAGUCAAAGUUGGGUUUGUUUUGGAAGUCAUGUGGUUGGCAUGAGCUUUCAUGCCGUGGAACUAUAUGGCACAUGAAUCACACGCUGUGCCUGGAAGCCUUCGAGAAUCGAGGAGGCACAGAGACAAGCAUUUCCAGCAUGUGGUCAUGAAAAGUUGAGAGCAUUGCUACUGCCUAGGCAAACCGAGAUUGAGAAAUGACAAUGCAAUGAUACCUGCGGUUCGGCCGCGAUUGCUCGAUACACGAAUUGUGCUGCAUCAUGUUAGCCACUAUGUGAAGUCUUUGAAUGUACAUAUGAUCGUAUAAACAUGAUCCUAUGGGCCAGAAUAAGCACCGUUGCGCAUGUAAAGUAAACUGUUUUAGUCUGAUACCCAAGCAGUAUAUACCUCAGACCAGACAGAGCAUUUGUUAUCGGUAGCAGGGAUUUGUUCAUACGUAUUUCUCAACCCUGACAACUUAUGUAGGUAUUCUUUCUUGUAUCUUUCCUCUUUGGCUCCAAGUCACUCGGUUCAGUGAGUUCUCUGAGAGUUGCCCAGGAAGAAAAGUGAAUUGUAAGCUCUUGUUGUCUGCCAUGCAGUCUUCCAAGCUUGUUAAUCAGAUAUCCGGUUAAUCAUCCCAAAUGGCUGCCUUUGCCUUCUCAACAUCAGCCUGUCGUUUCUUUGCCUCCUCCUUCUCCUGCUCCCUUCUCUUCUUCUCCUGCUCACGAACACUCCUCUGGUACGCCCUUUGCUCCUCCGUCUGCUUCGGUGCCUUAAGGCCUAGUCCAGCAGCAAUCAUACGACGAGCCACGGCAUCUGUCUUCUCAGGGCGUUUAUCCGGGUCUGCUCCGGCGCGAGGGCCGGGACUUCCUGAAGGUGACUCCCAUGGUAAGCCACCGACGGGUGACAUGGGCGUUGGGGGAGGCGGUGCAGGUGUCGCGGUGGGAGUUGGCUUGUUUGACUCUGACUCGACCUCGGGCUCUGCAUCAGAGUCGGAGUCGGAGUCCUCCCAUGAGUCUGCGACGACCUUCUUGGCCUUCUUCUUGGGUGCUGGCUUCUUGGACAACACUGAAGGCUCGUCCUUUGUGUCGAUUGACAGGUUCUUGAGGGAGCUUGAAACGUCUUGAUCUUGUGACAUGGCUGAGAUCAGUGCACUGAAUAUGUCUCAAUUGUGGAGAGGGGAAGCUUGUCAAGGGUUGAGAGCAGAGAAUAUGGUUUCCACUGAAGAUGAUUGUAUGAUAUGGAAUAGAUAAAGGUUCGAAGACCUUCAGGCUUCAAGUCAAUAACAAAGAAAUGCAGUUGGAGAAGGAAGC